CAAGAGGUUCGAGUUAGCCAAGUCGAUCCUUCCACCACCUUGCUCGAAUUCUUGAGAACCCGCACUCGAUUCACUGGACCCAAGCUCGGUUGCGGCGAGGGUGGAUGUGGGGCUUGUGUUGUUCUUCUUUCUAAAUACGAUCCAGUUAGUGAUCAAGUGAAAGAAUUCAGUGUUAGUUCUUGUCUUACACUGCUUUGCAGUAUAAAUUUCUGCUCGGUUACCACUACUGAAGGACUUGGAAAUACCAAAGAUGGCUACCAUUCAAUUCAUCAGAGGUUCUCAGGGUUUCAUGCAACUCAGUGUGGCUUCUGCACUCCUGGUAUGUGUAUGUCACUCUUCUCUGCCCUUACAAAUGCAGAUAAGACUGAUGGGCCUGAACCUCCCAUCGGGUUCUCGAAGAUCACCAAAUUUGAGGCUCAAAAGUCUAUUUCUGGUAACCUUUGUCGAUGCACUGGUUAUAGACCCAUUGCAGAUGUCUGCAAGAGUUUUGCAGCUGAUGUUGAUUUGGAAGAUUUGGGUCUGAAUACAUUUUGGAAGAAGCCAGAGGAUGCAAAUGUUGACAGAUUACCUCCUCACAACCAAGGCCAAAUUUGCACUUUUCCUGAAUUUCUGAAAUCUGAGAUCACUUCCUCUAUGGGUGCCUUGGAGAGUUGCCAAGAUAGUGGCUUGCCAGAGUGCCAGUGGUAUCGGCCUUCUGGCCUUGAACAACUCUACAAACUUUUGAAUUCCGAUGAAUUCACUGAAAAUCAAGUCAAAUUGGUUAUGGGUAACACAGGAUCUGGCGUUUACAAGGAAAAUGACUUGUAUGAUAAGUACAUUGAUCUCACAGGUAUACCAGAACUCUCAGUCGUCAAAAGGGAUAGCAAAGGGAUUACACUUGGAGCUGCUGUGACAAUUUCCAGGGUUAUUGAAGUGCUGAAAGAAAAGGACAAUACUGUACUCCAUUUUGGUGGAAAAUUAAUCUUUUGUAAAAUUGUUGAUCAUAUGGAUAAGGUCGCUUCUCCCUUCAUCAGAAAUAUGGCUAGCUUGGGUGGAAAUCUGAUUAUGGCACAAAGAAAUCAGUUUGCCUCAGAUAUUGCUACAAUACUUCUUGCUGUUGGAUCAAUUGUUUGUUUUCAGACCUCUUCAGGGAGGUUAAUUAUUUCACUUGAAGAAUUUCUUAAGUUGCCUCCAUGUGAUGACAGAACCAUACUCAUAAGCAUACAUAUUCCUUAUUGGAGUUCGGACAUAGAUUCUUCCUCUGCAACUAGCAAUGCCAUGGUUUCCGUUCCUAAAAGUGAUUCCAGUAUUCUGUUUGAAACAUACCGAGCAGCUCCACGCCCACUUGGGAAUGCUGUUUCUUAUCUGAAUUCUGCUUUCUUGGUUCAUGUUAUUUCUGAUAAGAUCUCUGGGGAUCUUAUUUUACUAAAUCUACACUUGGCUUUUGGGGCUUAUGGUAGCGAACAUGCCAUCAGAGCAAGGAAAGUUGAGGAGUUCUUGACGGGCAAAAUUCUCACAGCCUCAAUUUUACUUGGAGUCAUUCAUUUACUGAAAGAGACCAUCAUACCAAAAGUAGGCACUCGUCAUUCAAGAUACAGAGCAAGUUUGGCCAUUACUUUUCUAUUCAAUUUUUUUCAACCACUUGCUAAAGAAUUGGUUGUGGCUGAGAAGAUUAACCAUGUGGAUGUAUCUAGUGUUGCUACUCAUUAUCCAAAUGACAAAACCAAUGGGUCUGAGGACAUAAUGGAACCAAGGACAUCAAAAUUUGAACAACUUUGCAAUCCUAGCAUCAUCUUGUCUUCAAAGCAGUUAGUUGAGUUUAGCACAGAUUACGAUCCUAUCGGCGCGCCUAUCAAGAAAGUCGGAGCUGAAAUUCAAGCCUCGGGUGAAGCAAUAUAUGUUGAUGAUAUUCCUUCUCCUAAAAAUUGCCUUUAUGGAGCAUUUGUGUACAGCACACGUCCUUUGGCUCAUAUAGAGGGCAUUACAUUCAAAUCUACACAGGCAUCACCUAAAGUCAUUGCUUAUAUCGGUGCUAGUGACAUCCCAACACGUGGGGAAAACAUUGGAUGUAGAUUUGUUUUUGGAGCUGAACCACUAUUUGCUGAUUCUUUGACUGAAUAUGUUGGUCAAUGUCUUGGUGUUGUGGUAGCAGAAACACAGAGAUAUGCCAACAUGGCUGCUAAACAAGCAAACGUGCACUAUUCCAAUGAGGAGUUGGAACCUCCAAUCCUAUCCAUCGAAGAUGCUAUCGCAAGAUCAAGUUUCUUUGAUGUGCCUCCCGCAAUGUAUCCUAAGCAGAUCGGUGAUCUAGCCAAAGGAAUGGAUGAAGCUGAUCACAAGAUUCUCUCAGCUGAGCUUAAACUCGGUUCCCAAUAUUACUUUUACAUGGAAACACAAACAGCUCUUGCCAUUCCAGAUGAAGAUAACUACAUUGUGGUUUAUAGUUCAACUCAAUUUCCCGAGCAUACCCAGGGUGUGAUUGCAAAAUGCCUUGGAGUACCGGAGCAUAAUGUUCGUGUAAUUACAAGAAGAGUUGGAGGAGGUUUUGGUGGGAAAGCACUACGAUCCAUGGUGAUAGCAGCCGCAUGUGCUCUUGCAGCAUUUACAUUGCAUCGUCCAGUUAGGAUGUACCUUGAUCGCAAAACAGAUAUGAUAAUGAUAGGAGGACGACACCCAAUGAAAAUAAACUAUUCUGUGGGUUUCAAGUCUGAUGGGAAGAUUACAGCCUUGCACAUGGAUUUAUUUAUUAAUGCAGGCAUAACGAUCGAUCUUAGUCCACUUAUUCCAUCUGCUGUUAUAACAGCUUUGGAAAAGUACAAUUGGGGUGCUCUUUCUUUCAAUAUCAAGUUAUGCAAAACGAAUCUUACAAGUAAAUCAGCCAUGCGAGCUCCAGGAGAUGUACAGGGAUCUUAUAUUGCUGAAGCUAUUAUUGAACAUGUUGCAGCUUUCCUAUCCAUGGAUACUGAUUAUUAA